AUGACAAGCAGGCAAAAAGCAGAGCAGAAGCUGCAAGAGAUGACCUCGGGUUUCAUCGAAAAGCUUAAACCGAUUCUUUUCGCUCCUGUUUCCAUGCAACAAAUGGUGACGGCACAGGACGUCCCGGCAAAGGGCCCUGUGUGGGUUAGUCGAACUGUUUUUGAAAAGCCUGAAGGCAGCCACGAACUUGGGAGUGUGUUGAAAGAUGCUUUCAGGGCCCUCGAUUUUGGUGGUGAUAGCACGUACGAUUUUACCAUCGAAGACGUCGACGUCCAAUGGACUGCAUAUAGACCAGUUGGCAAGGAGAAAGAACCAGAGCCAGAGAUCACUGAGCAUGAGAAGUUCAACGGUAUGAUGAAGGAUGUACCAGCAGAUACUGUGAUCCUGUAUGCUCACGGCGGUUUCUACUACACCGGUAGUCCAUCUUCCGUACGCGCCACUACUUUGGCACUGGCACGUGAGACAGGCGGCAGAUGUCUCGUACCCGACUAUCGUCUUGCACCGCAGUGUCCUUUCCCAGCAGCGGUGGUCGAUCUCUUCCUCGCGUAUCUAUCUCUUCUUCACCCAGGCAAGGAUGCAAUGCACAAACCGGUUUCAGCCCAAAACAUCGUCUUCGCAGGCGACAGUUCGGGCGGCAACCUCGUACUAAGUCUCCUCGCACUGCUCCAACACCUCCGCGACCAUGCUGCCGGCCGCGUGCGUUUCCGUGACCAAUGGAUCGACGUACCCCUUCCAGCAGGCGUCGCAACGCUCUAUCCGCACUGCGACCACGCCAUGUCCUUCGCCUCCCACAUCCGCAACAGACCCUAUGACAUAUUCAUUCUCGACCUCCUUCCCCACCUCCAACCCAACUAUCCCUCCUGCGACAUCUGGCCCACCAAGCCCCCGCGCGAAGACAUCUAUGCGGACGCCCGCACGCUUCUACACCCUCUCGUCAGCGUGGCUAUCGCGCCUGCGUGGUCGGCGAACAACAUGCCGCCCAUGUUCAUCGCGACGGGGCAGGAGAAGCUGACGGACGAACAGUACUACCUGGCGAAGAGGGCGGAGAAAGCUGGUGCAACAGUACAGUUCUACCAAUACGACGCCCUGCCGCACAGUUUUGCGAGCUUCUUUCCGAGACUGCCUCAGUCGAAGCACGUGCUUAGCCAAUGGGGCGCAUUCUGUCGCGAUGUUGUGAAGCGGCCGGGGGAUCUGGAGAGUGUGUGGGUGAGGUAUGCAGCCGAUGAUGUGGAAUUCAAAGGGAUGGAGUUGGAGAGUCCGGUUGAUGUGGAAGAGAGUGUUGAGGUGAGGAGAGGGAAGAUGAGAGAGAAGCUGGCGGUGCGGAAGGUGUGGAGGGGGCCGACAGAAACAGCAAUGCUGUAG